AGCCGUUCGAGUUGGGGAUAUGAAACUCUUCGGUCCUGUUAGGGACAAUUAAAUCGCUUUAUGUGAUCAUUGCAGGCGUCUUCGUGUCGAUUUCUUUGCUCGGGCGCAGUUGGUCACAGUCUAUUUGAUGGCAAUAGCAGCAGCCACUAUGGUGUGUGGCUGGUAUCUGGUCCUCGUACUCACAGCGUGCCGGGGAUCAGCUCUUAGAACCGGGAUUCGGAGUCUUGCCUCCAAUCCCAGCUGGCACGCGGGUGAUUGCCUUCUUCAGGAGCCGACGAGUGCCGCUCCAGCAGCACCGCAGGAAGAGCGGCAGAUAGAGUAUUCGCCGUUUGUAAACGGUUCCAUCACGCGCGUGACGUUGCAUACUCCCCGGGCGAAUGCGACGGCGGGGAAAGAUUGCCGUUCAGUAAUUACGGACCUGGUGGUCGGUUCGGAUGAAUUGUAUUAUAUCCUGCACCAGUACUGCCGAGUGGAUGGUACUCUCGAGGAUCGGGCGUUGUCGAUUAGGAGACUGAACUUAUCGCAGGUGCAGGACGGCAACGGUCCGAGCCCGCAGGAGGACGACUCCUUGAUAAGUUACAUGUGGCCAUACGGGCAGCCGAACGGGACAAUAAUCCGCGAACCAGCGGAUUUUGGAGAUGCUCACGUGACAGGAAUGGGUCUGUCGAAAGAUGGGAUGCAUCUCGUCUUGAGCGUAACCAAUGGAGACCCAAAAGUAACGCGGGGCAAUGGAACCAUAUCUGGUGACCAAAAUCGCUCCAGGUUCACAUCUUUGUCGCUCGCUGACGGCUAUCGGUCGUCCUCCGACCCUUUGAGCACAUUGGUCCAGGCGUGGACGUUAGAGUCUAACAAGGGUUUUCUUUACUAUUUGCAAUCUGAUUCCGUAUUAAUUAACGUCACCGUUAAUCAUGUCGGGCUUCCAAACGGCCCUCUGAACCAGCUGUCCCGUUUGGACAUCCAAACGGGUAUCGAUCCUGACGAGGAGUUCCAACCUGGAAGCCUUCUCUCUGACGGCAGUUGCCUUUACUCCGUGACUUCUAACGACGGGUUGUUCGGGAGGAAGCUUGGGGAUGGACAUUUCGACCACUGUACAUUUGCAGCCCCUUCCGUUCCUUUCCUGGGGAAAGAGAUGGACGUGGUUGCAACGGCUCAAGGGUGUCACGUGUUCACGGCCGCAGACAACACAGUUGCGGUCUUCAAACUCAUGGGGCCCUGCAGUAGUCUCAAAGAAAAGCGGGUACUCCCACAUUAUUUCGGAGAAGCAGAUGUUACGGCAUUGGCACUCGGUAACUACAGCGACGGCUUAAGCCUUUAUGUUGGAACCAGCGACGGCAGCGUGUAUCACAUUCCGCUGAACGGGUCGGAACUGAGCCGUUGUGGAAACGAACCGUACAGCGACAGAGAUUCCAGCGACAGAUAUUUCCGUUUAAUGUUCUUUCCUUUUAAGCCUCCGUCAGAUCUCUCAAGCAUGAUCGUUAUAAAUAGUCUGUCCACCCUAGGGGGUACUACAUACGACCUAGUCAUCAUCUUUCUAUAUUCUCCUCCGAUUUUUAUAGCAAUAGCAAUAAUAAGGUGCACCGUGUUUUGCGUUCGCGGUUUUGUAAAGCGUCGACUCGGAGCUCUGGAACAGGCCAGUAAUAACCAUGCGGUUACCGGCCGGCCGAUGACUUCAUCCGUACAGGACUGCACUCCCAUGAACGGGUCGGAACUGAGCCGUUGUGGAAACGAACCGUACACCGGACGUGUCCUCUGCGACGGAUAUCCCAGCGACGGAUAUUCACGUUCACUGAAGUUUUUUCAGGACAUUUUGUUUCCGUCAGGACUCGCAGGCAUGAUGUAUUUCAAUUUUACUAUUUUACCCUACUUGACUGAUAUUCCAUUCGACGGACCCUACGUAUUUGGAUAUACGGCUCUGAUAAUACUCGGACACGUGGUAGCAGUUUGCAUCGCGCGUAGCGUUCGCGGUUUUCUAGAGCGUCGACGUCCUGCUCUGGAACAGUUUGGUUGGAAACUGCUGUCGGAUUGCACGGAGAAUUUUACCAAGACCUAUCGCAUCGGGGACCAAGGGGCAUUCGGGAAAGUAUACAGGGGCUUGCUCGACGGCAAGGACGUGGCAAUCAAGGUGAUGCCCGGGCAGCUGACGGACGUGAAACGGAACCAGUUCGUGGCGGAGGUGACCACUCUCAGUGCAGUUAAUCACGUCAAUCUCGUCCAGCUCACUGGUUACUGCCAGGAGGGCAACGAGUGCAUCUUGGUGUACCCAGGAUUCUCCUCCGCCGCUCACCGUGAGCGCAUGAGCAUUGGCUUCCAGAUUGCAAGGGGGCUCCAGUACCUACACGAUGAUGCCAAGCCUCCCAUCAUUCAUCGGGACAUCAAGAGCAGCGACGUCCUGCUUGGCGAUGGCUGUGGGGACAAACUUUACGUAGUCCUGGCUGAUUCCGGACUGGCGGCCAUCGGGAAGAGAGUGCUGGACACAGGACACGACCAUGUUGUGAUCACAUCCCACAUUGGUAGCACCUCUGGGUACAUGUCACCGAAGUACAUGCUGAGGGGCGAGCUGCCUGAGAAGAAUGAUAUGGCGGGAGACUCUACGAGGCAGAUGGUGAUGAACACUUUCAGACUGGCGUGGGAAUGUGUCCAUGAGGACUUUGGGUCAAGGCCGGCAAUGCGAGCUAUUGUGCAGCGCUUCCACAGCAUGCUUCUCGAUGUAGGAUGGGACUUCUUGAUCAGAACAAUGGACAUGGAGUACCUUCUGGCGAUGUCAGAGGCAGAGGAUGCCAUCUGCAAGGACGAUGAUGCUGAGUCGCAAGAGCAUCACGAAGUGCUCCUAGAGUGAGGGAAAGGAUGAGAACUGUAAAAUUCAAUACUCUUUUUUUAAUAUAUAUAUACAUAUAUAUAUAUAUAUAUGACUUCAUUUGUGUCUCAGCGAGGGAUAGCCACUGGCAUUGUAGUAUUAGGUAGAAUUCUAGCUCCUGACCUGCUUAUUAACUGUUACAUGGAAGGUGUUCAAAUCUUUCACGUGCUGGCAGGUAAAAGUCACUUUGCGGGCCAAGAGCUGAAGUUGGUAAUAUUUGGAUGUGUGGAACAUUCAUUAGAUUCAGCGAAAGGUAUUUUAGAGCAAGACCGGGUAUGCGCUGGACGUCUUGCCAUCAUUGGCUGUCGCAGAAGUGUAAAAGUGUUACGGCACUGUAGCAUUGGGCUUGUAGUAGUUGUCAACUUGUCACCAACUCCACAUUCUGGUAUUGAAUCUUCUCAAUUUAAACGACAGACUUUAAUAGUUUUGAAGUAAUUGCGACGGCCAGAGAUCAUCUCACAAAUCAAAGAGUUUCAAAAAAAUAAAAAAAAUAAAAAAAAAUCAAAGAGUUAAGAAAUC